GUUCAAUUGUUUCUCCAACACCACAGCCGUCAGGAGCAAAAUUAGUAUUAAAUAAUAAUGUAUAUCUCUUUAAUACAAAAAAUCUUACGUGGGUUAAAACUUUUGAUACAUCAAAUAUAAAUGGAACUAGUUCAAUAAAACCGGAUAAUAAUAAAGGUUCGAGUUCAGAUGAUCAAGGCGAUUCACUCUCAUUAGGUGCAAAGAUUGGUAUUGGCGUAGGUGCAGUGGUUGGAUUUGUUCUCAUAGUAUUUGCAGGAUUCUUCAUUUAUAAUAAACUUUGUAAACGCGAUAGUGAUGAAUUUAUUGCAACUCCUGGUGCAUUAUAUACAGAAUAUUCAGAUAGACCUUACUCAGAAUAUGCACAGAGACCUGUCACAGAAUAUGCACAGAGACCUAUCUAA